UUUUGGUUUUGGUUUGUGGCUAUGGCGCUUGUGAGCAUCGAUGAGGAGUCGUGCGUGCGCCUGUUGCCCACCGACACGUACGCGCGCUGCCACUCCGUCGAGAAUUCCUGCGCGGCAUUCCGAUCCAAGGUCUCCAGCUUCAACAAGUUAGUGAAAGAGCUUCUGGGCCAAGUGGGCGAGCGCGCGUCCAAGAUCGAGAAUGCGAAGCUGUGCGCGAUUGGGACAAGGAAUUUGGUGCGAGACGAGAUGGAAAAGCGGCCGCAGGAAUUGCAGGUCGUGAAAGAAGGGAUCGAUCGAAGGAAAGAAGAACUCGAGAGAUUGCGAGUGGAACAUCUGUCUCUCAUGGCUGUCAAGCAAGAACAAGAGGCAUUGCUGGCCAAGCUCUCGAGCGCAAGCCGGAAGUACUAAAUACCAGCACACCACACGAGAGUUUCUUUGUUUUUUUUACGGUAGCAACAGAUCGAAACAGGGAAUCCAACAACUUUUAUGGGAAUCGAGAGGGCCUCUUUGCUAGGAAAGAUGAAAUCUUUCGGAAGCUUUGGAGAAGGGACGAUUGACACUGGGAAAAGUUUAUAAACAUCACCCUGGUUGACUUUAGUAGGGCACCAUUUGGAGAAGAGGCUCUUGGCUAUGGCGCUCUCGCAGUGGAAGUCUCGCCACGCUGAGCUCUACAACAAAGCCACAACUCAUCAUCCUUAUAUUGUAAGCAUCCGGAAUGGCUCUGUGGAUCUCAGCUGCUACAAACGAUGGCUGGGGCAAGACUACAUCUUUGUCAAGGCGUUCGUGCGUUUCAUUGGAAGCAUCUUGGCCAAAAUCCCGUCCAAUGCCAGUGACGAGACGCUCAUGACCUUGUUGUCCGGAGCUUCCGCGCUUCAUGACGAGCUCCAGUGGUUUCAGAAGGAGGCCGUGGUCUGGAAAAUUGGAUUAGAAGAUCUGCCACCCAAGAAAACUACACAGGACUACUGCAGAUUUCUGGAGGAUAUGAGCCAACCAAGCGUCGACUAUGCCGUCGUCUUGUCCACCUUUUGGGCCAUUGAGCAUGUCUACUUCGAGAGCUUCGCGUUUUGCCUCGAACCAGGCUCUAAGACACCACAUCAACUCGUGGAAGCUUGCGGGCGCUGGGGCAGUCCGAGCUUCGGCAGCUACUGCGAUUUGCUGAGAUCGAUUGCAGAGGCAGCAGUGGAGAGCACAGGAUCAAACGAGGUGAAGCAGCGCGGCGAAGACGCAUUCGUUCGAGUACUGCAGCUAGAGAACGAGUUCUGGAACAUGAGCACCGACGUCUCGCAGGAAUAGGUACAACAGAAGAUCGUUUUCCGAGCACUGGAAUAAUGGCAGAAGAUCGCCCAAGAGCUCGAAGAAAAGCUUUGUUCUACGUAAGAAGAUCACCCAGAGUUUACGCACACGUCCGAGAGUAGCAUGUAGGGGCCAGAGUUCUCCGGAUCCGAGACAAAUGCUUCCUUGGCAGCAGUGGCACCUCGAGAAACGUCUCCAAAAUCUCGGCAAGCUCCAAGGAAGGCCGUCCACGCACACUCGUUCGCCUCCAGGCCGAGCCGAGCAAAGUGACCGCUGCUCAUCAGGACCUCAGCCUCGAGCAGCUGUCCAGUUCGUCCCAGCAGAUCGAUCACGCAGACGUAGUGCUCGAUCCGCGGCUCAACGCCAAAGUCGGGCCUCAUCGAUCCAAACAGCCGGAAGCUCUCG